AUGAACCUCAGAGAUUUAUGCCCAAAACAUUCUUUGUCUCGUGCAGUUACUGCUUUAUCAUCUCCCACUGAAUUUUGGGAAAACAAGCCACCAAGUUGGGUGGGCACAGAUCCUUGUGGUGGUUGGGAAGGCGUCGAAUGUAGCAAUUCAAGAGUGACAUCAAAAAAACUGUCAAGCAUGAACUUAAAAGGCAGCUUGACGGAGGCUAUUGGGAGAUUAACUGAAUUAAAGACUCUGGAUCUCUCUUGCAACAAAGGCAUGGGUGGAAGAAUUCCAGCUGAAAUUGGGAAUUUGAGUAAAUUACAAAUCCUGUCAUUGGUUGGUUGUGAUUUCUCUGGUCCUAUUCCUCAACCAUUAGGAGAUCUUAAGCAGCUGACCUUUUUAGCUCUUAAUCUUAAUCGGCUGAGUGGAAAUAUUCCACGUACGUUGGGCAAUCUAUCCAAUGUCAAUUGGCUAGAUAUUGCAGACAACCAGAUUGAAGGACAUAUCCCUAUCUCUGAUGAAGAAGGACCUGGUCUUGACAUGCUACUCAAAGCAGAGCACUUUCAUUUUGAAAACAACCGCCUCUCAGGGGAAGUUCAAGCUCAGCUUUUAAGUUCAAAGAUGAUACUGAAACACCUGUAA